GUAACUUUGCAAUCGAUCACUUCAUUAAUAGUAGUAAUGGUUGACUCAACAAUAUGUAUUUAAAAACAUUCCUUAACAUAAUUUCUUUUUUAUUACUAUUUAAUUUAAUUCAGUGUGAUGAAAAUCCUAUUGUAGAAACAACACUUGGACCUAUUUCUGGAAAGAUUUUGAGAACACUCAUUAAAAAUGUGGACUAUUUUGGAUUUAUGGGAAUACCAUUUGCAGCGCCACCUGUCGGUGAAUUGCGAUUCAUGGCACCACAACCCGCCGACCCUUGGGACGAGACGUUGAAAGCUACACGAGAGAAGCCUGCCUGCAUACAAUUCAACAAUGACGUCAAAAAAGGACAGGAAUUAGGCUGGUACGGAGUCGAAGAUUGCUUAUACCUCGAUGUAUUCACACCAGCUAUCGAUGAAGAAUCCAGACCAGUCAUCGUGUUCAUAUACAACGAGCAUUUCCAAAAUUCCUACAAUAAAUCCAAGGACUAUGCUCCAGAUUUUUUCAUUGAAGAAGAUGUUAUUGUUGUCACUUUGAGUCAUAGGCUAUCAGCAUUUGGAUUUUUGUCGCUUGAAAAUGAUAUGGUGCCCGGUAAUGCUGGUCUAAAAGACAUUGUUGAAGGCUUAGAAUGGGUGAGAGAUAAUAUAAAGCAGUUUGGUGGAGAUCCAGACAGAGUUACACUCAUGGGGCUGGAAGGUGGUGCAGCUGCUAUAGAUUUACUAAUACACACAAAAGCUAAAGACCUUUUCCAAGCAGCGAUACUUCAUAGCGGUUCAUCGUGGGCUUCGACAUAUUUGCAAGAAGACGUCAGAGACAGAGCGUUCAAGCUUGGAGAACUGGUAGAAAAAACUUCAACUAACGAUGUCCAACUACUCAAAGAGCUUCAAAAUGUACCAGCUCCAGAUUUACUGACAAAAGAUGUGCAUGCUAGCCCUGAUGAUUACUUUAAACAGACACAGAAAAGUGUAGUUGCUUUCAGCCCUAUUGUUGAGAAACAACCAGAUGGUCUCAUUACAGAAUAUCCAGAAGAUUCCAUGGAAAAGAUUGAUAUUCCAAUCAUGAUUGGUUCUAAUUCCAGAGAAGCACUAGAGCCUAUGAUGCAAUAUCUAAUAGAACCAAGAUACAUAACGUUUCUUAGGAAAGACUUCCCUCUUCUCUUACCACGACGCUUGAGAUUCCGAUUUGAUCCGAUAAAGGACGUGUAUGACGAUGCAACUAAAGACAUAAGAGAUUUUUACUUCAAGAACGGUAAAAUUAAUCUGAAGAGUGUUCCAGAUCUGCUCACCUAUAUGGGGGAUGCUUCAGUCAAUUAUGUAGUGGAUUAUACUGCUAGAUUAUACUCUGAGAGAUCAGAGAAACCAGUAUACUACUAUUAUUUUGAUUACAUCAGUAACUUGAACGAGAAUAAAAAGAAUUUGAUGAAGUAUUCCAAUACGGAGGAAGGAACGUGGGGUACGGCUACUGGGGAUGAAAUGUGUUAUCUCUUCAAAUGCCCCGCUCUAGCAGAUGAAUAUUUAAAGCUUGAGAAAAAUGUGCCCGAGGAAAAACUUGUUCAAAAGAAAAUGAUAAAAAUGUGGACGAAUUUUGUUAAAUACGGGAACCCAACACCAGAUAACGAAGAAGACCUAGGACUCAAAUGGCCCUCAUAUACGUCAGAGAAGAAGGAAUACCUACACAUAGACAAACAAAUGCAAAUCAAACAAGAUCUGAAUAAGAAACGAUACGAAUUCUGGGACCAAUUCAUUGACAAAUGGGGAGCAAUGGCCGUCGACGGGGUUAUUAGUGAAUCAAUUAACAAAAAGGACGAAUUAUGAUGAACAGAAUGUUUUAGUUAUUAAAUUAUUAUUGUAA